AUGGAAGUCAAGUUGUUUCCUCAACUCCAAAUAUAUGCGAAGCAUGACGCUCUGCGACAUAAACGUACAACAAGGAUUUUAUCUUGUCAAGGGUUGAGAAAUUUUCCUAGGAGAUUUCUAGCUUCUCAUUUUCACAGCACCCCCCACAGCUUUUGUUUACGUUUGAUCAAAACAGCAGAAAAGGGGAAGCUGCGGUAUGAAUUUCUGGCGAAAAAGAAACAGCUGUUCAAUGGAGCACGAUUUGUGGCCGGUUACCGAAAACUUUUCAUGAUGCUUUUAAAAGAUCUUAAAUGUCAUAAAUCGCACAUGAGUCGAAUGAAAAGUUUACAAAUGUUGUUGUGA